CCCCUUCCGUGAUGUCAAUAGAAGCACAUGGUCCGUGUUUGUUGCAGGAAGUGAAGAUGGCGGACCAGUCGUUGCUAUCUGAGUCUGCUCUCGGGUGGUCUAUAUUCGCCCUUGUAUUUUUGGUGAUCCUGUCCUUCUGUUGGGUCUACAUCAGGAAGUACCAGAGCCGCCAAGAGAGUGAGGUCAUCUCAACCAUCACUGCAAUAUGCGCAUUGGCCAUUGCACUGAUAACCUCUGCACUUCUUCCAGUGGAUAUAUUCCUAGUGUCUUACAUGAAGCACCCCAACGGUACUUACAAGGAGUGGGCAGAAAACAAUGAGACAAGAGGCCAAAUCGAAGACACUGUGCUGUAUGCUUAUUACUCACUGUACUCUCUCCUCCUGUUCUGUGUCUUCCUGUGGAUCCCCUUUGUCUACUUCUAUUAUGAGGAGAAGGAUGAUGACAACAUCAACAAGUGUUCACAAGUGAAAAAUGCUCUGAAAUACACAAUUGGAUUCAUCAUCGUCUGUGCAGCACUGCUAUUAAUUGGGGCCUUCGUUCCUCUUGAAGCCCCACCUAAUCAGAAUGGUACCCAGUGGGAAAAGAUGCAGUAUCUGUUUGAGGAGCUGGGGAACAACCAUGGUGUACCAGCCCUGUCUUUCUCCAUCAGCUCCUUGACCUUGAUUGGCAUGUUGGCAGUGAUCACUUACACGGCGUAUGGUAUGUCAGUGCUGCCGUUGAACCUGAUUAAAGGGACACGCAGUGUGGUGUACGAGCGUCUGGAGAACACUGAAGAUAUUGAAGAGGUUGAACACCAAAUGGAAAAGAUCAAAGCCAAGGUGCUCCAGAGGAGGGGCAGGCACCUGGAGAUAGCAGAGAGUCACUGCUGCACCAAGGUUGGAUCUGCCCUCAGACCACUCAAGAUUCUGCUGGGAAUUUUCUUCAUCCUGUUCGCUCUGCUGUUUGUUGUGGCUCUGUUCAUUUCAAAUUUGGACAAAGCUCUUCACUCUGCUGGCAUCAGUUCUGGCUUCAUGGUGUUUGGCACCAACCUGACCAACCCUCUGAAUGAACUCCUGCUGACUCUACAGCCUGUGUUCCCGUUGGAUUAUGUCCUGAUCACUGUCAUCACCAUGUACUUUGUGUUCACCUCCAUGGCCGGCAUCAGGAACAUGGGCAUCUGGUUCUUCUGGAUACGGCUGUACAAGAUCAGACCCAAGAGAACCCGUCCCCAGGCCCUCCUCUUCCUCUGCAUGAUUCUACUGCUGAUUGUCCUUCACACCAGCUUCAUGAUCUACAGUCUGGCCCCGCAGUACGUCAUGUACGGGAGCCAGAACUAUCUGCUGCAGAGCCCGAUGCCACCAGGGAAUAAUACCACUUGGACUACCAAGACCUGCGAUGCCGACGCACCUCAAGGUAAGACUGCCAGCCACACACAGACACACACACACACAGACACACACACACACACACACGAAGACUAUCUCUAGCAGUAUAGCAAGAUGCUAUAUUCUUUCCAUACGUAGAGACCUACCAGUCCAUCAGAGGAAAGAAGACUCGGGAUAAAGAAGGAAGCGUGUAAUAUAUAAUGAACACAUUAGAAUAUAUGAUCAAUGUUUAAUAUCUCACAAAAGGCCUACAUCCCAAAUGGCACCCUAUUCCCUAUUUAGUGCACUACUUUCUACCAUGGGCCUUGGUCAAAAGUAUUGCACUAAAUAAGGACUGGGGUGGCAUUUUGGAUACAGACAAAGAGAUGGUGGUGUAGAGGCGAGUUAUCCUCAUGUCCAACAGUGGUACACAAGACCUUCUUUGGUAUCAUUCAUUAUUCAACCAGGAUGAAUUAAUGUCAAGGACAAGCAUUUACUGAUGGAUUACAUGGCCUCCUAGCCUCCUCAACAGUUACUACGGGGAAGUCAGCCAUGCAGACACAAACGGGAAUAUGCAUCAUUCCUAUUCCAGCGAGCUGGAUCACAUGCAUUUAUUCAUCCUGCCUAAUGCUCGAGGCAGAGCGGGCCUGUCUUAGAUAGUGUAUGUUUCCCAAAUGGCACCCUAUUCCUUAUGUAGUGCACUACAUUAGACAGAGAGCCUUAUCAAAAGUAUCGCACUAU